AUGAGCAUUAACACUAAUACAUUCUCUUACUUUAUGAGAAAGCCAGCUUUCCAAUUUGCUGUCAUUGGUGGUACUUUGGGUCUCUCUUUCUUCAUUAACAGAGCUCAAAAAUCAAUGCAAGGCAAGACUUUUGAAAACCACGUUCCAACUGAUGAAAUGUGGGCUUGGUAUGAUAAGCACUGUGCUAGACAAGGUGAAAAUCAAGAUAUUGUCAUGAAGGAUCACUCUAUCAACAUUCCACACAUGAUGGGUCGUUUCGAUCGUAGAGAUGAAGUUGACUCAAACCCAUUCUACUUGAAGAAGUAA